AUGCCUGAAACACAGCCUAACGGUAUGCCCAUUGCAAUAGUUGGCAUGGGCUGCAGGUUUGCGGGCAAUGCCACCAGUCCAGAGAAGCUAUGGGAGAUGUUAGAACAUGGAGAGAGUGCUUGGAGCGAAAUCCCAUCUUCUCGAUUCAAUCUGGAUGGAUGGUAUCAUCCCAACCAUGAGAACAUCAGCACAGUAACUCACCCUCCCUGGCUAACAAACGUUCGAGGUGGUCAUUUUCUCAAACAGAACUUGGGCCUCUUUGACGCAAAUUUCUUCGGUCUCUCGGCCGAAACUGCUUCGAAAAUGGCAAGUACACUUAACCAAGAUCUCGCAUUUGUUGUUAAUGAAGGAAUUGGAAUAGCUGGCAUGCCUUUGGACCGGAUUGCGAAAACAAAAACGUCCGUUUUCUCCGGGGCAUUUUUUCAUGACUAUCAGGAUGGUCACAUGCGAGAUGCGGAGAACUUGCCACGGUUUUUGAUGACAGGGAAUGGGGCUGCUAUGGCAUCAAACCGUAUCUCGCACUUUUUUGAUCUUCUUGGGCCAAGCAUGACUAUUGACACAGGCUGCAGCACUACUCUCACCGCGCUGCACCAAGCAUGCCAGGGUCUUCGAGGUGGUGAUGCAGAUAUGUCUAUUGUGGGAGGGUCUAACCUGUUGAUCAACCCGGAUUACUUUGUCUCAAUCUCUACUUUGGGGAUGCUUUCGAAAGACGGCAAAUCGUAUUCCUUUGACAGCCGAGCAAAUGGCUACGGACGGGGAGAAGGCGUGGCGGCGAUUGUUCUUAAAAGACUGGAGGAUGCUGUCAAGUCUGGAGACCCAAUCCGCGCGGUGAUCCGGGACACGCAUCUUAAUCAAGACGGCAAGACAGAGACUAUCACAUCACCCAGUCGUCAUGCCCAAGAACAGCUAAUCCGUGAAUGUUAUGAGAAGGCCGAUAUCGACCCUUCUUGCACACAGUAUUUUGAAGCCCAUGGAACAGGUACACCGACUGGAGAUCCAAUCGAAGUCAGCGCGAUUGCAAGCGUGUUUCGCGAAGGCCGAUCAUGCAAAAGGCCACUAUACAUUGGGUCUGUCAAGACAAACCUUGGUCAUACAGAACCUACAAGUGGCCUCGCAAGUGUGAUCAAAGUCACAUUAGCGCUAGAACGCAAGAUCAUACCUCCCAGCAUUAAUUUUGAGGAACCCAAUGAGCGGCUCACAUUGGAUAAAUGGAAUUUGAAAGUUCCUGUUCAAUGCACAAGUUGGCCAGUUGGCCGUGAUGGGACGCGAAGGGCAUCUGUAAACAACUUCGGAUAUGGUGGAGCAAACGCACAUGUCAUUAUGGAAGAUUGGACACUAAAAAGCUCAAUAUUUUCUAGAAGGACUAUGAACAGGAUUGUCAACAGAGACCAAGUUGGCAUGAUUCCACCGCAGCUAUUCAUUUUAAGUGCAAAAGAUGAGAACAGCUGCAGAACAAUGGCAUCUAACAUGGAAGCCUACCUUCGGAAACACAAUCCAGAUGCCGAGAAAGAAGCUGAGUUUCUCAACAAUCUUGCCUUUACGCUCGGUGAGCGCCGCUCUCGCUUUUCUUGGGCCUCUGUUUACCAAGCCUCGUCAAUUUCGGAGCUUGGCGCGGCUUUCGGUAAUGAGAAGCUGGUUGCAACACGGGCCGGUAAUCGACCAAGGAUCGGAUUCAUUUUUACAGGCCAGGGUGCUCAAUGGCACGCUAUGGGAAGGGAGCUUCUUGAUACAUAUCCCGUGUUCAAAUCCUCCAUCCUCGAAGCUGAACAGUACCUCAAGGAGUUUGGGUGCAAGUGGUCACUUUUGCAAGAGCUUUGUCGCGACGCAGAAACCACACGUGUGGCUGAGACUUUGUUUGGCAUGCCAGUCUGUACUGCCGUACAAAUUUCACUCGUGCGGCUCUUGGACGUGUGGGGAAUAACUCCGACUGCAGUCUGCAGCCACUCAAGUGGUGAAAUUGCCGCAGCCUAUGCGGUAGGGGCUCUGAGCUACCGAUCAGCUAUGGCAGCAUGCUACAGUCGCUGUGAGAUUGGGUCCGAGCUCAUAGAAAUGGACGGGGGAAUGAUUGCGGUCGGUCUAGAUAUUAGCGCGAUUAACGAUUACCUGAAAAUUUCCAAUGUGGGCGAGGCUAAGAUCGCUUGCAUCAAUAGCCCGUCGAGCGUCACGGUAUCUGGCGACAUCACUGCAAUCGAACAGCUUGAAGUCCUCCUCAAGGGUCAAGGCAUAUUUGCUCGCCGUCUCCGUGUUCGUACUGCAUUCCAUUCUCAUCAUAUGCAACCAUUGUACGAACCAUAUAUGCAGAGUAUGCAGGAAAGAAUGGAAACAGGAGAUCAAGCUUUACUGCCAAUUAUCUAUGCAUCACCCACCACUGGCAUGCGGGUAAAAGAUGCCACUCAGCUCUCUAGUCCCCAACACUGGGCUCAAAGCAUGAUAAAGCCAGUCUUGUUUCUUGAUGCUUUUCGUCAAAUGGCCUUGAAUCCUGUUAGUGGAGAGGCUGAGAUUGAUAUUGCUGUGGAGGUUGGUCCACAUGCCGCACUUUCGGGUCCUGUUGGGGAUAUUCUUUUGAUGCCUGAGUUCUGUAAAACCAGCAUAUCGUACCUGUCUUGUUUGAUCCGUGAUAAUAAUGCGGUAUACACUAUGCAGGCGCUCGCGGCUCAGCUGCUCUGUAAAGGAGUUACUGUCAAUCUCAAAGGCAUCAAUUUUCCUACCGGCAAAGACCAUCUUUCCGUUAUAACUGACUUGCCCUCCUAUCCGUGGAAUCAUCAGAUGCGUCAUUGGGAUGAGUGCCGAGCCAACAAAUCCCAUCGAGUGAAGCAGUUCGGAUAUCACGAUCUUAUUGGGUCUCUUGUUGAUGGCACCAAUUUCCUUGCCCCUACCUGGAGGCACACCAUCCGACUCUCGGACAUGCCCUGGGUCCGGGAACACACCGUCCAAUCGAAUGUGAUAUAUCCUGGGGCUGGCUAUAUUUGCAUGGCAAUUGAAGCAGCUCGUCAACUAGUCACGACAUCCGCUCAGAAUAUAAACGGCUAUCGCCUUCGAGAUGUUGAUAUUAUGCACGCUCUCAUCAUUCCCGAUGGAGCAAGAGGAGUCGAAGUUCAGCUGAGUCUGCAGUCUGUGAGCGAGAAGGCUAUAGGGGUUCAGGGCUGGCGAGAAUUCAAAGUAUAUUCAGUUGGAGCGGAAGACAAGUGGACUGAGCAUUGCAAAGGGCUCAUCCUUGUUGAAUUCCUAGCUGAUAGUGAACCAAUUUCCCACCAAAAAUGUUCCACUCUUACCCUUCGACCUUGUUAUCUUAAAUGUGUCGACGCGGAAGAUAUAUAUUCAUCACUGAGAACAAACGCCAUAUAUCAUGGCAAAAUAUUCCAAAAUAUUGAAUCUGUGCAAGUUGGUCAAAGCCAAGCUGUGGUUGUCUUGUCUAUUCCAAAUGUUGCAUGUAUGAUGCCGGAACACUACCAAAAAACACAUGUUCUCCAUCCGAUCACAUUAGACUCAGUGUUUGUGUCUGCUUAUGGCGCACUGCUUGGAAGCAACUCGAAACAGGAAAGUUCAAUAGUACCGAAGAGGAUCAAAAGCUUAUGGGUAUCUGGAACGAUUGGCUCUCAACAUGGUCAUCAAUUCAAAUCCUACGUUAAGAUUGAACAUGUCGACUACAGGCAAUUCAAAUCCAAAAUAACCAUGUUUGAUUCGCAAGAGAUUGAUGACUCGCACCCGCCUGUUCUGGUUAUGGACGGAUUUCUCUGUCAGUCUCUCGGGGUAGCUCAUUGUCGAGAACCAGGGCCAAACAACAGUGACAUAUGCAGUAAACUGAAUUGGGCUCCCGACAUAUCUUUAAUGAGCCCAGGUGUGCUCUCAAAGCAGCUCAGCUUUGCAUUGGAUACACGAGAGGAGCAAACCAUCCUCAAUUUGAGGCGAGCUUGCUUUCACUACAUCCAUGAUGCGCUAGCAUCCUUGACUUUGGCGGACAUACAGCGGCUAGAAUGGCACCAUAAAAAAUUUUAUACUUGGAUGAAGCUUCAAGUAAAUUUAGCUCUCGAUGACGAGCUGGCAGCUUCCAGCUCAGAGUGGAUCAAAGAUAACGAGGAAGAGAAAAGACACCUCUUUGAUAUUGUUGGCUUGUCUAGCGUCAAUGGCGAAGCUGUUUGUCACUUGGGGACACAUUUACUCUCAAUCCUGACGCAGAAGGCUACUCCUCUGGAACUUUUGAUGGAGGGAAAAUUACUGCACAAAUAUUAUCGGGGGGCUCUCAAGUUUUCACGAUGCAAUAUUCAGCUUGCCAAACUUGCGAAACAUCUUAUUCACAAAAAUCCUCGAGCUAAGAUUCUUGAGAUUGGUGCUGGUACCGGUGGCACAACCCAAUCACUGCUAGAGGUCAUUGGGAAUGGCAGAAAAUGCGGUUGGGGCCCAUUUGCAUCCGAAUAUCAUUUUACAGAUAUUUCUUCGGGGUUCUUUGCGGAAUCUCAGGAUCAAUAUGGGGACUGGAGUGAUAUUAUGACUUACCGGAAGUUGGACAUUGAACUUGACCCUGCACAACAAGGCUUUGAAUGCGGUAGCUACGAUAUUAUCGUUGCGGGUCAAGUACUGCAUGCAACUAAGACUAUGAGAUCAACGAUGAGGAAUGUGCGUAGCUUAUUGAAGCCUGGUGGGAAACUAUUACUCAUGGAGAGUACGAAAGAUCAGAUGGACAUGCAAUUCGUGUUUGGGCUUUUGCCGGGCGAGGACGAGCGGGAAACGAGUCCAAUCCUUUCGGUAUCUUUGUGGGAUAAGGUGCUGAAGAGCACUGGAUUCAGUGGCUGUGAUCUAGACAUCCAUGACUGUGAACGUGAGGAUGUUUAUACUUUCAGCGUCAUCAUGUCUACCGCCAUCCCCGAUCAACUCGAAACUUCAACACCUCAUCCGAUUGCUCUAGUCACGAACACAAUCUCUUUGUUCUGCUAUAGCACAUGGAUGAAGACGCUGCAGGAUUCCGUUGCUACUGUCACCGAUGGAAGUUUAAUCAGUGUCGAAUCAAUUGAGUCUGUCGAUGCCACUGCGGAGUUCCGGGCCAUUGUAAGCCUCGUUCUUCGCUGCAAAGGCCUACUUUGGGUCACUCGUGGCGGAUCAAUUGAUUGCAAAACGCCUCAACAGGCAAUCAGCUCCGGGUUUCUUCGUACCCUUCGUCUUGAAAACACCCAGAAUAAGUAUAUUUCUCUCGAUCUGGACCCUCAGCCACCUGCCCCAGGUCCCCAGCAGGCUAACGCCAUUUCCAAAAUUCUUGCCUGUGUUAUGGGGAGCACAAUCACCAAUAGCUUCGAUCGUGAAUUUGAAUUUGCAGAGCGCGAUGGCACAAUACUUAUUCCCAGACUCGUUAAGGACUUUGAAAGAAAUUAUUUCAUAUCAGCAGGCUCUAAUUUCCCUUCGAAGAUAGUUUCAGGUUCUUUUAUUGAACGAGGUGCAAUGAGCGACAGAAUCCUGAAGCUGGACGUCAAGUCUUCCGGCCUCUUGGAGACAUUGACUUACAAGGAGAUUUUGGAAUAUGAUACCUCCAUGGAUCCAGAAUAUAUUGAAAUUGAACCCAGGGCAUUUGGCCUAAAUUUUCGGGACGUGAUGGCCGCCAUGGGGCAGCUCAACGAGACAGUCAUGGGCUUAGAAUGCUCCGGUGUCAUCACUCGUGUAGGAACUGGUGCUGCGUCCCACGGUUUCUCCGUUGGAUGCCAUGUCAUCGCACUAGUUGAUGGCAAAUACCAGAAUCGUAUUCAAGUUCCCUGGAUUGUUGCUUGUCCCAUGUCCCAGUUCGACUUUGUGAAGGCUGCGUCAAUACCCAUGGUAUUCACCACGGCAUACAUCUCUUUAUAUGACACAGCAAAACUCUACAAAGGGCAAUCCAUUUUGAUCCAUGCAGCAACCGGUGGCGUUGGACAGGCUGCAAUCAUGCUUGCUCAGCAUCUUGGGGCUGAGAUAUUUGCAACUGCUGGUUCUUCAGAGAAACGCAAGUUCAUCACAUCCAAAUUUGGUGUAUCGGAAGACCAUGUCUUUUCCAGUCGUGACCGAACGUUUGGUUCCAAGUUGAUGUCAAUCACGGGUGGACAAGGCGUCAAUGUCGUGCUUAAUUGUUUAUCAGGCAAACUUCUACAGGAAAGCUUCAACUGCCUCGCUCCGUUCGGGCAUUUCGUCGAGAUCGGAAAGUUUGAUUCGGAGAAUAACAACUACCUGGAAAUGGCGCCUUUCACUCGUGUCACAUCGUUCUCUUCAAUUGAUAUCCUCGCAUUAGUCAGGCUAGGGAGCCCAAUCAUCCACCGCACUUUGACUAGUGUUUCCAAGCUUCUAGAACAGGGAUUGAUUCAUCCUGUCGACCCUAUUAUGGCUCUCCCCCUUUCUGAUGUUGAAAAGGCAUUUCGUCUCAUGCAGGUGGGUAAGCAUAUGGGCAAAAUUAUUUUGUCCGUUGAUGAUUGCGUGGUCCCGUAUAUCCCCCUUACGCCUUCUGUAAAACUCCGACCAGACGCUUCGUACCUGAUUGCUGGUGGCGUUGGUGGUAUUGGAAAAUCUAUCGCGGAGUGGCUACUAGCGCAUGGUGCCAAAAGUCUAAUUCUGAUGUCCCGGAGUGCUACUACCGGAGCGAGCACAACAACCUUUGUCGCAGAGCUCGAAAAGUCGCAUCCUGGUUCGAAAAUCAAACUGGUCGGGUGUGAUAUAUCAAAAGAAUCCGAAUUGGUCAUCGCCCUGGACGAAUGUGUUGGGGAUGUUCCCCCAAUACGCGGAGUUGUCCAGGCCGCCAUGGUCCUCCAGGAUUCUAUUCUUGAAAACAUGAGCAUGGAUGAUUACAAUUCUGCCAUGUUUCCCAAAGUUCAGGGGACAUGGAACCUUCAUCAGCACAUCCACGGCGAUUUGGAGUUUUUCAUUUUACUCUCCUCUUUGGCCGGCGUUAUCGGCAACCCAAGCCAGUCCAACUAUACAGGUGGAGGCGCCUUCCAAGAUGCGCUUGCCAGAUACCGUGUGAGCAAGGGGCUUCCAGGGGUAUCUUUAGAUAUCGGAGCCGUCAAGAAUGUGGGCUAUGUCGCAUCAAACAAAUCAAUCUACGACAGGCUGGAAAAAAUGGGGUUUAGACUUCUCGGUGAGGACGAGAUAUUGUCGGCCUUUGAGUCGGCCAUUCUCUAUCCAUCCCCCCAGAUUAUGGUCGGUAUCAACACCGCCCCAUCUGAGCGCCAUGACACGAUCUUAGGUGGUGACGCGCGCUUUGAUGCUCUCCGGUAUAUAAAACCAGCCAACAUUGGUAGCAAUAUCUCAAAGCCUGUCACGCAGUCUGAGGGCCUUGCUGGUCAGCUUUCUUGUGCGUCAUCACUGGAAGAAGCUUCCGGGAUUGUUCUGCACGCACUAGUCAAUAAAUUGGCGGAUAUAUUCAUGAUCCCCAUGGAGGAAGUUGUCGACUCUAAGUCUAUGGCAGACUUUGGCGUAGACUCUCUCGUGGCUGUUGGAUUGCGGAAUAUGCUGGCUGUGCAAGCUGGUGCGGAAAUUUCCAUUUUCAAUAUUAUGCAGAGUUCAUCCCUUGCGGCUCUCUCUCAUGCUGUCGCCUCAGCUAGCACACAUGUCAAUGUGUCAUGA